AUGACGAUAGAUACUGUAGUUCUUGACAUUGAAGGAACUGUGUGUCCAAUUUCAUUCGUUAAAGAGACAUUGUUUCCCUACUUUGUUGAAAAACUUCCCGCCGAGCUAGAGAAAUUCGAAUACCCAUUGAAUCAAGUUGGUUCAGAUAAUCCAAUAAUCAACAUAUUGAGCAACUUGCCAUCGAGCAUAACCGAAUCGGCACAAUCAAUUUACAAUUACUUGAAAAAUUUAGUUGAUUACGACAUUAAAGAUCCCGUGUUGAAAUCGUUACAAGGUUUGAUUUGGACUAGAGGUUACGAAUCGGGCGAAUUGAAAGCUCCCAUCUAUCCCGACUCCAUCAAAUUUAUCGAAAGUUUUCCAAGUAAAGCCAACAAGAUUUAUAUUUAUUCAUCGGGCAGUAUUGGUGCUCAAAAGUUGUUGUUUGGACACGUUGAUGAUGGUUCAGACAAGUCAAUCGAUUUGAAUAAUCAGUUGAGUGGCUAUUUCGAUAUAACCACUGCUGGACAUAAAACAGUAUACACUUCCUAUUCUAAAAUUUCGAAGGAAAUUGGUAAAGAAGAAAAUCCACAAUCGGUACUAUUUCUCAGUGAUAAUGUGGAAGAGGUGAAGGCGGCUAUAAGAGCAGGUAUGAACAGUUACAUUGUUAUUAGAGAUGGGAAUGCACCUAUAUCGGAUGAAGACAAAUCAAAACACAAGACAAUAUACUCGUUAUCAGAACUAGAGUUAUAA